AUGACAAUAGACAUGCAGCAUCCCCCAGUCCAAGGAGCUUUGGUUUCGUUUCCCGCACCUCAGAUUCUCCUCCUCACGUUGAAUCGACCGGAGAAGCGAAAUUGCAUAUCCCUCGCCAUGAGUGCUGAGAUACAACGACUUUGGGAAUGGUUUGAUACAGAACCAAGUCUACAAGUGGCGAUAAUUACUGGCACAGGAGAGUCCUUCAGCUCUGGGGCUGAUCUCAAAGAAUGGAAUCAACUUAAUGAGAGCGGCACAGUAAAUGAGAUGACCGCACCUGGACUGGCCGGGCUUCCUCGCCGCAGAGGAGGCAAACCCAUCAUCGCUGCUGUCAACGGAUUCUGCCUAGGUGGUGGAUUUGAAAUGGUGGUCAAUUGUGAUAUUGUCGUUGCCAGUGAAAAGGCGACCUUUGGACUCCCUGAGGUCAAACGUGGAGUUGCUGCCGUUGCUGGCUCUCUGCCUCGGCUGGUUCGCAUCAUAGGCAAGCAGCGAGCGGCUGAGAUGGCCUUGAGUGGCAUGAGCUUUCCUGCAUCCCAGCUCGAACAUUGGGGGUUGGUGAAUCGGGUUGUGGAGCAUAGCCAGCUCCUGCGCACUGCAGUGGAGAUCGCAACAGCCAUCUCCGGGAAUAGUCCCGACAGCCUCCGCGUUACCAUGGAGGGGCUUCACUAUGCAUGGGAAAUAGCCAGUGUGGAAGAAGGCAGUACCGCUUUGGUAGACAACUGGUAUCCAAGGCUUAUGGCGGGGGAGAAUUUCCAUGAGGGAAUGAGGGCAUUUGUAGAGAAACGGAGCCCACGGUGGCGGCCGUACAGCUUGUAA